AUGGACAAGUUCCAGGAACUAAUCAAAGAUCACUGUAAAAGGAGAUUAAAAAGAAAGAACGGGGAGAAUACAGAGAAGGAUAAGUUCGAGUCAAAUCAAGUACGACAACAACUAAUGAUGCUGGUCACUGAGAAACACCUCCAGCCAAGGUGCCAGCUGGGCCGUAACCAUGGAAACCAGGACGGUGAUGCAGCGCGAGCAGGAGGAGCAGUUGUCCCAGAUGUCUCACAGCAUGCAACUGUCCUCCCAGAUCAAGAAGAAGACCUUCACUUCCAGAAGAAACAAAAAGAACAAUAACAACAACAAAAUCACAAAACCAACCUAAAUAAGCAAAUAAAUAAAACAACUUUUUCUGACAGUGAUGAGGAAGCGUCCUACUCUGAUUACUAUCCCAUCAUCUCUGGUGACAUCAUGUCCGCCAAGGAGAUCCUGGACUUCCCCGGACACAGGACAUGGGAGAUCCUGAAGGAAACUCUGGCUGCUGACCAGGCGUACCGCAGAGAGAAGUGGACCAUGUUUGGGAACGAGGCUGAGAGCGUGGAGCUGGACGUGAUCAGGAACCAGCACUUGUUACGCAAACGUGUUGACAGACUGGCCCUUCGGAAACAGGCAGAGAAGAAGGCAUCUGCCCACAUGAAGUACCUGGAGCGUCUGAGUCAGAAGGCCCCAGACUUUGCGGUCCCGCUGAGGGCCCACACCGUCUGGGAGGGCAUGACGGUCACACUCUCCUUUGUCGUCCACGGCCGUCCACCCCCGAAGGUCACAUGGUAUAAGGAUGGUGUGCCGCUGAGAAGGGCGAGCCAGCCGUGGAAUUACAAUCUUCGACAAGAAUUCGGCCUCAACUCACUGGAGAUCAGAAGGUGCACUCCGGAUGAUGCUGGCAAGUAUAAAGUGGUUGCAAAGAGUCCCCUGGGUGAAGCGAUGACCUUUGGAACGCUUGUGGUGAACUCAUAUCAAGGAGCCGUGGCUGGUUCAGAGCACUCGCAGACCCCCGGCUUGAGCCAUGACGUCCAGUUUGGACAAACCUUCCCGCCAACGUGGGUGAAGGAGGGCGACCGCCUCACCCUGAGGUGCUCCUUCACCUCCCCCCUGCUGCCCUUCCAGCAGGACGUCAGCUGGUUCAGAGACGGCGUCCAGCUGCUUCCGUCGGACAAUGUGGACAUCAUGACGGACGAGAACGAGGCCACCAUCACUUUAAAAGCUGCGUACAAGGAGCACGAAGGUGUUUACACGGUCAGAGUGAGGAACUGGGAUGAUUUCCAGGAGCACAGUGCUUUUGUCUACAUCAAAGAUGCUUCAGCUGCGGUGCUGGGAGGCCCCGCCUCUCCUCUGGACGUCCAGGUGUCUGACGUCAACAGGGACUACGUCUUCCUCACCUGGCAGCCGCCCAGUGCUGACGGAGCCUCACCUGUGGAGGGUUACUACGUGGAAAAAUGUGACCUCGGUCAGGGUGAGUGGGUGCGCUGCAAUGUGCACAUUCAGAAAAUGUGCUACUUCCCGGUGUUUGGGCUGAAGGAAGGAACUCUGUACCAGUUCAGAGUCCGUGCUGUUAACCAGGCUGGAGCUGGACGGCCCUCCAAGGCAACCGAGCCCGUCCGCACCGGAGACCCCCUGGAAGAGACCAGGACCAUGGUGGUCCAAGUAGACAGAGGGCGAACCAUAACCAUUAAAAAAGACGAUCUUGAAGGUGAGGUCAAAGCUCCUCUACCUCCCACUGACGUCCACGCCUGUGAGGUGAGCGACACCUACGUGGUGCUGAGCUGGAGCGAGCCGGAACCUCGAGGCAGAGAACCGCUCAGCUUCUACGUGGAGCGGUCUCUGGCAGGGAAGAGCAGCUGGCAGCUGGCCAGUCUGGACAUGGAGGUAAACUCUCCCAGGUUCCCAGUGUUUGAUCUGGUCAAGGGCAAGCAGUACUGCUUCAGAGUGCGCUCCAUCAACAAGUACGGUGUCAGCGACCCCUCGGAGCCCAGCGCACCCAUCUCCUUGGGAAAGCCACAAGCGGUGCCGGCUCCGCCUCACUCUGUGAUAGCGUUCAGAGACACGGACACCUCGGUGCUGCUCCAGUGGCAGGAGCCCGAAGACAAAGACGACAUCCUGGGCUACUACCUGUACUACAGCGAAAAAGGCAAACAAGACUGGAAUACUGUCAACAACAAGCCCAUCACCAAAAACAGAUUUACCGUCCAUGGCCUCAAGAACCGAAAGGAAUAUGUGUUCAGGGUGAAGUCUGUGAGCCGAGCAGGAAACAGCAACUAUUCAGACGAGUCUCUGCCCAUCCUCGUCAAAGCAGCCAUCUCUGUUCCCUCUGCUCCCUCUGCCAUCGCCCUGCUGCUCUGCACCGGAACGGAGAUGGUGCUGGGCUGGAGGGCCCCUGCACGUAACGGGGGAGACCCUGUGCGUGGUUAUUACCUGGACCAGAGGGAAGAGGGCAAGAAAACGUGGAGAGAAGUCAACGUCAAACCUGCAAAAGAACGGAAGUUUAAGGUUUCCAGUCUGACCAGUGGAAACUUCUACCAGUUCCGUGUGUUUGCUGCCAACUUGGCCGGCGUGGGGAAGCCGUCUGACGCCAGCGACGCUUUCCUGUGUGAGAAGUGGACGAUGCCAGAGCCGGGUUGCCCCUACGACGUGGAGUGCAGGGAGGUGAAAGACGACUCCUUGGUGCUGCUGUGGGCGGCUCCGCUGUAUGAAGGACGGAGCCCUGUCACUGGCUAUUUGCUGGAAAUCAGCCAGGGUGACCAAUCAGACGACUGGGUUCCUUUGAAUGAAAAGCCGAUCUUUGACACACAUUACAAGGUGUCAGGUCUUGAGGCGGGUCAGACCUACCGGCUCCGUGUGCUGGCUGUCAACGAGGCCGGAGUGGGCAGUCCGUCUCUGCCCAGUGAGCCGGUCACAGCUCAGACCAGACCAGGCGCCAAAGACAUUGAGAUUGGAGUGGACGACGACGGUUUCAUAUUUCUGAGCUACGAGGCCAAGGAGACGGAUGAGGACAGCAAGUUUCUGUGGAACAAAAACUACACGGAGCCCAUCGACGGCAGCAGAGCUCAGGCACAAAACAAGGAGGACGGGUCGGUCCUCACCUUCACAGACGCGUCUGAGGAGGAUCUGGGGCUCUACACGGUGGAGAUGAGCGACAACCCAGAGGUCUCGUCCAGCUACGACUUCACCGCUGAAGACCUUGAAAGACUCAAAGAACUCAGCUGGCAAGUUAGAAAUCCACUGAUUGCUCUGAAGUCGGGCUGGAACGUGGAGGUUUCUGAAAUAGGUGACGUCCGUCUUUGGCUGCAGACUGAGAGUCUGAGUGACGAGGCCGAGCUCCGUCUCGUCUUCAACGACCACGAAAUCACCAGCAACCCGCACCGUAAGAUCAACUUCGACAAGGCCAAAGGUCUGGUGGAGAUCCUGUUCGACCAGCUCCUCCCGGAGGACGAGGGCUCGUACACGGCUCAGCUGAAGGACGGCCGCGCCAAGAACCAGUUCACUUUGGUCUUUGUGGAUGACAAGUUUCGUCAGACGCUGGCCCUGGCUGAUAAAAACCGACGUGACCACAAGAGAAAGUCUGGACCGUAUUUCCAGGAAUACUUGUCAUGGAGUGUAAAUGAGGAUUGUGAACUGAUUAUAAAGUGCAAGGUGACAAACACGAACAAGGACACGUCACUUAAAUGGUUUAAAGAAGGCGUGGCUGUGAGCCAAGCUGUGUACGAGCAGUCAUCAGGGCUCAGCACACUCACCAUCAAACAGGUUACCAAGCAAGCAGCAGGUUCAUACAAAGCGGUGGUGUCGGACCGGAGAGGAGAAGAUGUCAGCACCUUAGAGUUACUGGAUGACGAGUAUGACAAGCUUCUCCAGCAGCUGAGUAAACAGUGUGCAUUGUCUGCCAGCCCGCUGAAGAUUCAGAGCACCGCUGAAGGCUUCAGGCUCUACUGCUCACUCAAAUACUAUAUUAGCAACCUGAAGACCAGCUGGUACUUCAAGGAGAAGAGGAUUGACCUGGAAGCAAGGACAAAGCCUGGCAGCAGUAUGCAGGCAGUCUGGAUCGAUAUAUUAAAUCCAACAGAGAGCGAUAAAGGCAAAUACAGCUUGGAGAUGUUUGACGGCAAAGAAACACACAAACGCCAUCUUGACCUGUCUGGACAAAUGUUUGCUGAUGCCAUGCUGGAGUACCAGAGGUUGAAGCAAGAAGCCAUUGCUGAGAAAAAUCGGGCUAAAGUGACUAAAGGUCUUCCUGAUGUCGUAGCUAUCAUGGAAGGAAAGUCUUUGUGUCUGACGUGCUUCAUCGCCGGCGAACCGAACCCUGACGUCUCGUGGCUUCGGAACGACAAGGAGAUUUUUAACCAGGAUCAGUUUACCAUCACUAAGGAGCCAAAGUGCAGCAGCAUCACCAUAAACGACGUCAAAGUGGAGGAUUCUGGAAAAUACAGCAUUUUUGUGCGCAACAAGUUUGGCACCGAGAAGGUCGAUGUGACCGUGAGCGUUUACAAGCAUGGGGAUAAACCUCCAGCACACGCUGUGGAGAUGGGUUAGGACUUAAAAACAGAGUCACACUGCAAAAAAGGUGUGUCUAAAAACAAGAUAAAACAGUAAAUCUGAGGGAAAUGAUCUUGCUGCAUGGACAGAUAAUUUGACUUGUCAAGAUUUCUUAAAUUAAGAUUGUUAAAUCUAGAAAUAACCAUGUUGCAUGCUUAAAAUAAGAAAUUAACUCUUAAAACAAGAUAAAUUAUCAAACACUUCUAAAUGUAAAGUUUUUUUUAUGAACAAAAAUUGUCAGGUCACUCUGCUCGGGCCAGUUCAUCGCUGCCUGCAGCUUUAAUUUAUCUUGUUUUAAGAGUUAAUUUCUUAUUUUUAGCGUUUAACAUGCUUAUUUCUAGAUUUAACUAUCUUAAUUUAAGAAAUCUUGUCAAGUGAAAUUAUCUGUCCAUGCAGCAAGAUAAAUUCCCUCAAAUUUAAUGUUUUUAUCUUGUUUAUAGACACACCUUUUUUGCUGUGCAGAAAUUAGGGGGUUUUUUUGCUUCAGAUUGAGAUGUUGUGCAUUAAGAGAGAGGAAAAUUAAGGUAGAUGCAUGUAUUUAAUGUAUUAGGAAACUUAACUGUCCACUGAGGUUUAAACAAAAAUGUAAUUUCCUAUUGCACAUUGUAUUUAAUUUAAAUUAUAGACAGAGUGUGUCAUCAUAAUGUCAUUCUCAGGCUUGUCCUGUGAUGGAGAUGCAGAAUUACAAAGUCCUGUUCGUCAAACUCAUUUUGCUGACUACUUUGAUGUUUGAUAUAAUGAUUGUUUCUGUUAUUAAAGUGCCACUAUGCAACUUUUGAAAGAAGAAUUUGCCCCAUUAACCUCUAACAAAUGACAAGCUGAAUUAAUAAGCAGUAAAAUGCAUCAUUAAUCAAUUCAAUACACAGACGAUUUGCUGCUACUACUUACUUGGUCUGGUAAUGUAAGCUACGGGUUAUUCUAUGUUCCCCAGAUUUAUACAGCACAUAUUCCCCAGUUCUGUUUCCAAGGUUCUAGCCUAUGUUCUCCAGCUCUAUAUAGCACACAAUGGGGACAUGAAAAAGGUGUUCAGCAGCUCUGUAUUCAUCUCCACACUGCAAAAAAGGUGUGUCUAAAAACAAGAUAAAAACACUAAAUCUGAGGGAAAUUACCUUGCUGCAUGGACAGAUCAUUUCACUUGAUUUCUUAAAUUAAGAUUGUUAAAUCUUAAAUGCCUAGAUGACGCUAGCAAAUGGUAGCUAACAUUAGCUGGAACCAAAUUAUGACUUUAUAGGUGACAUGACAGAGACAGUUUACUGAUUUUGCCUCUUCUCUUCUCUGAUAAACUGUAUUAUUUGCCUUUAUUGGAUGAUUGCAUUCUACUUUAAGUAGGCGGUUUAAUAUUAGACUGCAGAGCUGUUUGCAUGUGCUUUGAAUAAAGUAAUUUCAAUGGAUUUUCAUUUGCAUAUUGUUUUUAUUACACAUACUGGCUAUUCAGAUUCAGAUUUCCUUUAUUGUCAUUGCACAGAGUAACAAGUACUAGU